AUGUCGUCUGCUAGUUUGGACAUACUGUCUUUAACAGCAGUCAAAGAUACCAGUGAUGAUUCCUCAGUUAGUGAAUUGUCAGACAUCUUGAACUUUUCCAAUGUCAGUUCUUCUGAUCUAUCACCUUCAGUUGAACUACGAUGCAAACGCUACUCUCCAAACCCAGAUUCAGCAGAAAAAAAAGACUUGCGUGGCAGACGUAAAACACGCAUGGCACCACAACCACCAGGACAUGGUAUGAGGAGAUCUGUGACUGACAGCGGAUUGAGUCGUAGCAGGAGUUUUAACUCAGACAAGACUAGAAAUCAAGUCAUAAAACAAGCGUCUACAGACUCUGACAGUCAAGUCUCACAAUAUUUGGACUUGGACAAUAAUAAUAAAAAUGAAAAAGAGACUCCUUCAUCUCUAAGAGGUGUGCCCAGAGACAAAUCUAGGUUUAAGGCUUUGAAAGACGCUUUACGUUCUCCAAGACAUAUCAGGAAAAAUUCUCGUCAAGAGAAGACCCUCCAAAACAGUCCAAGUCCUAGUUUAAGUAAAUUUCGUGUGAAAAGGACUCCUGUAACUAUUGUGUCAGAAAAUUUAACUUUUGGAAUAUUAUCAGACUAUGUUAAUAAUGAAUGUGAAUUUGAGAUAUUUCAUGCUUAA